GACCAAAAGAGUGAAAAAACAGAAGGCGGCGGUUUUGGUCCAGCAAGAGCUUCUCCACGCUAAAGCCUGUGAGGCACAGCAUGUGGGAUUGAGCCAGACAUGGAUAAAUAUGAGAAGGUGAAAAAGAUUGGGGAGGGCUCCUUUGGAAAAGCCAUCCUGGUCAGGUCCAGGGAAGAUGGCCAUCAGUAUGUCAUUAAGGAGAUUGGCAUCUCCAGGAUGUCUAGUAAAGAGAGACAGGAGUCACGCAGAGAAGUGGCAGUCCUCGCUAACAUGAGCCAUCCCAACAUUGUUCAGUACAAGGAGUCCUUUGAAGAGGGCGGCUGCCUGUAUAUAGUAAUGGACUACUGCGAAGGAGGUGAUCUGUUUAAGAAGAUUAAUAAUCAGAAGGGAGUUCUGUUCCCUGAGGAGCAAAUACUUGACUGGUUUGUGCAGAUAUGCCUAGCUCUUAAACACGUACAUGAUCGCAAGAUCUUGCACAGGGAUAUUAAGUCUCAGAAUAUCUUUUUGACUAAGGAUGGAACAAUACAGCUGGGGGACUUUGGGAUCGCCAGAGUGUUAAACAGUACUGUGGAGUUGGCCAGGACCUGCAUAGGCACGCCUUACUAUCUUUCCCCUGAGAUUUGUGAAAAUAAACCAUACAACAACAAAAGUGAUAUUUGGGCCUUGGGAUGUGUCCUGUAUGAAAUGUGCACGCUUAAGCAUGCCUUCGAGGCUGGGAACAUGAAGAACCUGGUGUUGAAGAUCAUCCGUGGUUCGUAUCCCCCAGUGUCGGUGCACUACUCUCAGGACCUGCGCUCACUCCUGGGUCUACUGUUCAAACGCAACCCCCGUGAAAGACCCUCGGUCUGCGCCAUACUGGACAAGCCUUUCCUUGCCCGCAGAAUCCACAAGUUUCUGUCUCCACAGCUCAUUGCUCAGGAAUUCAGCCAGUCUUUUCUCCUUAAACAGCACCAAAUGAAUGCUGCACAGGGAGUACCAGCCAAGCGCCCCGCCCCUGGUCCGGCCCCCAUCACCCCUUCUCAGAAAAUCACUAAACCAGCUGCCAAAUACGGAGUGCCUUUAACUGUAAAGAGACCUGUCUGUGCUGGCAGGAAGGUGGCUGAUGCAGCCAAAAAACAGGUGGAUCGAAAACCUGGGGUCAGACCCAAACAGGCUCCCCCUCCAGUCGCAGUUCAAAGGAGAGUGAGUCGAGUGGAGGAGGAGAGGAGGAAGCAUGAGGAAGGAGUGAGGAAGAAACAAAUUGAGCUGAUGGAGAAAGAGAGGAAACAGAGAGAGCAGAUGUUGCUUCUGAAAGCCGCUCAAGUAAAAAGAUUUGAGAGGGAAAAGCUAAACCGGAUCAACCGUGCCCGGGAGCAAGGCUGGAGGCAUGUUUUAAGCUCCAGUGGGGGCAGCAGCCCAGAGAGGAAGUUUUAUGGGGGUGGAGGCAUGGGAGCUCCGCCUGCACCUGCACCAGGCCCCUCUCCUCUACCUGGCCCUGCACAUGUCCCACCUCCACUGCCAUGUCCAGCUCCUGCUCCUAAAGAGGGCCCCAAAGCAUCAGGAGAUGUGAGCCCUGUACGGGCUGCAGGAGACCCUGGCUUGGCAAAUGGUCAUGCUUGCCGCACGAGUAAGGAGUCUGUCAAAAAAGAGCCACGAAGGACAAGUCUCCAAACUGAGACAAUGUCUAAAAAUGACUAUGCUAACAGAUUUCGAGCUCAGCUAGCAGCAGAGAGGGCCAAACAGGUGGAGGAGUUCCUGCAACGGAAGCGAGAAGCCUUGCUUAAUAAAGUUCGUGCUGAAGGCCAGCUGGGGGCCCGGCAAAACCUGGCCGCCAUCUUUGCGAAUCGGACAAGUUCAUCCCGAUGCAGGAGGCCACGGGUCAACAAAGAAGAGGAGGAGUACUUGGCUCGACUGAGGCAGAUCAGACUGCAGAACUUUAAUGAGCGUCAGCAGAUCAAAGCUCGUCUCAGAGGAGAGAAGUAUGACAGUGAGUAUUCAGACAGUCAAGAGUCCAGCGAGGAAGUAGAGCUGAGGAAGAAAAAGAUAGAGGCUCUGAAGGCCCAGUCGAAGGCCCGUGCGGCAGUGCUAAAGGAGCAACUGGAAAAGAAAAGGAGAGAAGCUUAUGAGCGAGAAAAGAGAGCAUGGGAAGAUCAUCUAGCUUCUCGAGGUGUAAAGGUUGCCUUAGGACCUCCAAAUGCAGCCGCACCUUCACCUGCACCGUCUCUUCUUCCUGAAACCACCCCUCAGGAUGUGGUCACCAAAGCCACACCGUCCUGCAGACCCAUCACUCCAGCCAUCUCCAUGACGGCAGCAUUAAAGGACGUGGGCGCGAUUGCUUCCCUGCAGAAUUCUCCAAUGAAGGAGGAGCCCCAAGAAACAGAGACAGCAGCUGUUCACAGCGAGAGGAAGGAAAUUUUGCGCAGACUAAAUCAGAACCUGAAGGCUCAAACUUCUAAGGAGGAGGAUGAGGGAGAGGUGGCACCCACUGAUGUGCCAGGCCCUAUCCCUCAGGCUAGUCAGCCAGUUACAGAGGAGAGACCACCCACUAGGAAUGACAGGCGAAGGUGGGAGGCUGGAGAUCCACCCAUACUCUCAGUAGCACAGCAGACUCUGGAGGACACCUGUAGCACUAUGGCAGCGUCUCAGGCAGCAUCUCCAGAGGGAAGUGCUCCCUCUGGUGCAGACAGGAGGAAGUGGCAGCCUGGAGCUGCUCCACUCUCUGUAGCUCACCAAACCUUGCAAGACACCAGUCUUACUACAGCAGAACAAACAACAGGUGAGGUAAUUCCUAUGGAAAACUGGCAAGGGGAGGGGCCCAGGAAAGCAUGGGGGAGAACUCCAGUUUCAGAAGUUUUGAAAAUUUUGGAGGAGGCAGAGCUUCAACCAAUCACCCAGCUCCUAGAUAACGUCAGCAUCUCCGACAACACGGUCACCAAAAGCCUUAAGACUACGACUGGACCUUCAGAUGUUACUGAUGGAGCCACACUGGGGCCUUCCCCUCAGCCAAGCCAUCCUGCCAUUGGCCAAGACCAAGAAAGCAAGGCUGCCAUUGGCCAAGACCAAGAAAGCAAGGCUGCCAUUGGCCAAGACCAAGAAAGCAAGGCUGCCAUUGGCCAAGACCAAGAAAGCAAGGCUGCCAUUGGCCAAGACCAAGAAAGCAAGGCUGCCAUUGGCCAAGACCAAGAAAGCAAGGCUGCCAUUGGCCAAGACCAAGAAAGCAAGGCUGCCAUUGGCCAAGACCAAGAAAGCAAGGCUGCCAUUGGCCAAGACCAAGAAAGCAAGGCUGGCAUUGGCCAGCACUCUGACCUGCAAUCUGCAUUUCAGGAGAGUGUUUCAGAUGCAGCGGCGCUCAGAAGUCACGAGCAACAAUCAGGCCCAGCAGAGAAGACACUCAAGAGUCUCCGUGGUGAAAAAGAGAGUGAUGGUGUAGAUGAGGUGGAGUGUUUAAUUUUGAAGGAUGGCCCACAGCAAACUUCAGAAUCCCCAGCUAAAGUGAUUCAUGCAUGGGAACAGGAAGUUCUACAUCCUGGGCCAGAUAGGGGUGCUGUAACACAGACAGAGAAACCAAAGGAUGAGGAGAGAGUAGAUGGAGAGGAAGAGAAGCAGACUGAACAAGCCGUGAGUGAUGAAGCUGCAUUUGUGAAGCUGAGCUGCAGUCCUGCACAUCGUCGCAUGGUGGCGCUAUCCCUUCUAUCUGCCCAAUCUUCAAUGGAAGACUCCUCUUCCUCUGUGGCGUCCCGCUCCCGCUCUGUGUCCCCUCUGCGUACCCGCCGUGACGACGUUCUCCUGAUUGGCCUCUCCACUGGGCUUUUUGAUGCCAACAAUCCCAAGAUGCUGAGGACAUGCUCUCUGCCGGAUCUCGGUAAACUCUUCAGUGCCUCUACAGAACCGGAUGGCGUUGCCACCCACGACAACAAUCUGGAGAUGGAGGAUCUGGAGGACAAAGAGGACGAACAGUCUGAAACAGAAGAUGUAUAUGAGGAUGAGGACCUGAGAGAGCUUAGAGCCUCUAUGGAGAGACUGCUACAGCAGCAGCGCAGUGACGAUGAUGAUGAUGAGGAAGGUGGCUCUAACGGCAGCCCCCCUGAUGAAGAACGUUCUGUGCAAUGCAAAGCUAGUCCAACAGUAGAAGGCUUGAAUGGUGUCACAGCUGAAGAGGAGGAUGGUGGUGAUGAUGAUAGUGCUGAUGUCAGUCAUGAGGAAGAGGAAGGAAGGUUGAUGAGUAAUGGACUUAAUGUAGCAGAUGAUGAAGAACAGAACAGUGAGAGGCACCUCAAUGAGGAGUGGCACUCAGAUGAUAGCGAGGAAGAGGAGGAAAGUGAUUCGGAGCAGCAGGACAGUAUCUUCAGUCGUUUAGAAGAGCUCCGUUUUCAUUUGGAGCAGGCAAUGGGCUUCGACCACUUCAUCCAGGCCUACAACAAGAUCAAGGCCAUCCAUGAAGACGAAGACGAAAACAUUGAUAUGGGCUCCAGCAUGGUGCAAAGCAUUCUGGGAACUGAACACCAGCACCUGUAUCCCAAGAUCCUCCACUUAGUGAUGGCAGAUGGAGCAUACCAAGAAGAUAAUGAUGAAUGAGGUACACCACCGUGCCGUACGCCGCCUCGGACAAUCUGCUGGCAGAAUGAAGUCUUCCCGAAAUGCUGUGCAUGAAGCAGAGAGUGAGCGAGUGGGGAGUGGAUGGACCGGGGCCCACUUUUACGCAUGGCCAGUUUAGAGUUCACGGAUGACUGUCUUACUUCCAUGACCAGCAUCUAAAGCACUACUGUGUAAAAUAUAUGUAUAUGAAAAGUAAUAUUUAACCAAAGCCACACACGUGUGUGUGUGUGUGUGUGUGUGUGUGUGUGUGUGUGUGUGUGUGUGUGUGUGUGUGUGUGAGAGAGAGAGAAUGACGUAUGCUUAUGUAUGUUUCUAACUGUUGACAGGUUGUGUUUGAGAAAUUGUCACUACACAGUAUUUCCUAACAGCUGAAGCCAUGGUGGAACUGGGUGGCCCAUGUCAAAUGGCAGGGGGUCAGUUAGCCAUCCAGCAACAGGUGCUUACUUAUGACAUGAGGCAGACCUCAGCUUCAUAACAAACCAGUGUCAUGCUGUACCACCUCUUUUUCUACUUUUUACAGGAAGAAAAACCUUUUCACAGAGUGCAUGCAGACACUGUUCUUUUCUGCACUUUCCUACAUUUGAGACUCCUCAGUUUGGACACUACAAGACAGAAUGAAGUUGCUUUAAGCUUAUUCGCACUGCAUACAGAGAGCAGCCGCAUAGAUGCAUUGAGUGUUCCUUAAGUGUUAAUAGAACAUUCGUGAAUAUUCUGUGCAUGCAUUAUUAUUAUAACACGCCUUAUGCUACUGCACUUCUAUUGUGAUUUAAUGGAAUGAUCUCAUAAUAGCAGUACUCUGAUAUGGUACAUUUGUGCAAAUGAUGUAAAGAAUAUUCUCUAUUCUGUAGAGGAAGGAAGAGAAGACAAUUUAAGUUCCAUUGCUGUCUGAUAUAGACACAAUGUUUAUCUUUGUAUUCAUAAAUAAAUGCUUACCUUUUUUUUUAUUUUUAUUUCCGUAUGUAGUAUUUGUUGUAUACAGGGUUCCCACAUGUCCUGGAAAACAACUUUUCUACUGGAAAAUCUGCUAAAAUGUCUCUCAAAUGUUGGUAAGGUCCUGGAAACGUGAGUCACUAUAUAGGUCCUGUCACCCAGAAGGGCAGUCUGUAUACAUGUGCUAAUUAUCAGACAAAGCAUAUUGAGGUCUUUAAAAAUAAAAAUGUAAUGGAGGCAUGGCCUAGAGCAAAAA